AUGUUAAGUGCAAAAUUAAAACAAAGUCUGAGAGUGCAACGUGUGAUUAGAAGAUAUGGCUCCACCGAGUCAUUAUCUUCAACUCUCAGAAGAUACCCUAUUGGGCUUCAGAUGCACGGUUAUGAAAUCAUGAAAACCACUCCAAUACCAGAAUUUUCAUUAGUUGCAGUAUCUUUGAAGCAUAUCAACAGUGGAUCAAAUCAUUUACAUUUGGAUUCUGCCAAUGAUAGUAAUAAUGUGUUUCUGAUUGCAUUCAAGACUAAUCCGCCGGAUAAUACUGGGGUUCCUCAUAUUUUGGAACAUACAACAUUAUGUGGGAGUACCAAAUAUCCAGUUCGUGAUCCUUUCUUCAAAAUGACAAAUCGUUCUUUAAGUAACUUUAUGAAUGCAAUGACUGGUCAUGAUUAUACUUUUUAUCCAUUUGCAACUACAAAUGCUAAGGAUUUUGAAAACUUAAUGGAUGUGUAUUUGUCAUCUGUAUUUGAACCAAAUUUGAAUUAUACUGAUUUUUUACAGGAAGGUUGGAGAUUAGAAAAUCAAGAUGUUAAUGAUAUCAAUUCAAAACUUGAGUUUAAAGGGGUUGUUUACAAUGAAAUGAAAGGUCAAUAUUCCAAUUCUGCUUACUAUUUCUACAUAAAGUAUUUGGAAUCGAUUUAUCCUUCGUUGAAUAACUCUGGUGGAGAUCCAAAAAGAAUUGUUAAUCUACCAUACGAAGAUUUGGUCCAAUUUCAUUCAAAGAACUACCAUCCAUCUAACUCCAAAACUUUUACAUACGGUAACUUGCCUUUAGAAAACCAUUUGAGAAGAUUGAACGAUUACUACAAGUCCUUUGGAAAACGUAAACCAUCAUUAGAUGUCAAGAAACCUAUUUUUGCGACGGAUGAUUCUUCUUGUUUUGAUGUGAUACUCCCUGGUCCAAUUGAUACUAUGAGCGGGAAGGAUAUUUCCGACCAAUACAGUUCUUCAGUUACUUGGGCAUUAGGCAACCCGUUAGAACCAGAAAUGCAAUACGAAGUUUUCAAAUGGAAGAUUUUGAAUUCUUUAUUGUUUGAUGGUCACAGUUCUCCAUUUUACCAAGAAUUGAUUGAAAGUGGUUAUGGUGAUGAUUUCUCCGCCAAUACUGGAUUAGACACAACCAGUGCAUUACUAUCCUUCACUGUGGGUCUCAAUUUCUUGAACAAAGCCAAAGUUGACAACUUGCAAAACAAAAUUAUCGAAAUUGUGAAAAAUAAAAUUUUACCUGAGUUGGAGAAUGACAAAGCAUCAAGUUAUAAUGAUAGAAUCAAAGCUAUUUUACAUCAAAUUGAAUUAGGAUUCAAAAGACACAAACCAGAGUUUGGAUUUGGCUUAUUGAGUUCAAUUGUACCAUCAUGGAUUAACGGAGUAGAUCCUGUUGAAUCUUUACAAGUUGAACAGAUUUUGACUCAAUUCAAAGAAGAUUUUGCUAAGAAUGGUGUGAGUAUUUUCAAAGAGUUAUUAGAAAAAUCAUUGUGUAACCCAGAAACUCAAAUAUUCAGAUUCACCAUGGAACCAGUGGCUGAUUUCACCAAACAAUUAGCUGAUGAUGAAAAUAACAGAUUGGAAAAGAGAGUCAGCGAAUUAUCUGAAGAAGAUAAGAACAUCAUUUAUGAAAGAAAUUUAAAUUUGGCAAAAUUACAAUCAGAGGAAGAAAAUACUGAUGUCUUGCCAACUUUGACUAUUGAUGAUAUUCCAAAGAGAGGUGACUUUUAUGCUAUUGACUUAGGCGAAGCUAAUAAGAAAGUAGUACACGAAAGAGUAGUUGAUACCAAUGGGUUGAUUUAUGCAUUUGCCUUGAAAGAUAUUUCCCAUUUACCAACCAAGUAUUACAAGUAUCUUCCUUUGUUUAACAGUUGUUUAACCAAUCUUGCUGGUACCGAAACAACAGCAAUCACUGAGCUUGAAACUAAAAUACAAAUGUUGACUGGUAGCUUGUCAUUCAAUUCUAAAGUUUCAACUGAUCCAUACAACAUCCAAAAUCUGAAAUUACAAUAUACCUUGAGUGGUAUGGCAUUGAAGGAAAAUGCUGCUUCAAUUUAUGAAUUGUGGUACGAAAUUUUAACAUCCACUAAAUUGGAUUCAUCUGAUGAAGUUUUAGAAAAAUUGGCAACUUUAAUUAGAAAUAUGGGACAGAAUCAACUCAACAGUAUAGCUGAUCGUGGUCAUUCUUAUGCUUCUGCUGUUAGUAAUCUGAAAUUAACACCACUGAAAUAUAUUAGUGAUAUAACUUCCGGUAUAACUCAAGUGCAAUUUGUCAUGGAAUUGAAUUCAAAAUUGGAAAGUGGUGGAAAGGAUUACUUGUCUAAAGAAAUAAUCCCUGUUUUGCAAGAAAUUAGGAAAUUUGUCUUAGAAGGUGAGUUUAGAUAUAGACUCGUUGGUGAUAGAACAAUAAUUGAUGAAAACGAGAAGUUGAUAUCCAAGUUUGAUGAAAAGAUAACUCAUGGUGAUGUCUCAACUACAACUGAUAGUUUAUCUCAAUUGUUACAAUCAUUCAAUAACAAUCAUCCUAGUGAUAACGUGUUGGUUAAUUUACCAUUCCAAGUUGGUUACUCUUCUUUGGGUAAGCUUGGUGCAUCCUAUUCUUCUAAAGAAGGUGCUGCUUUACAGAUAUUGUCACAAUUAUAUACUUUCAAAAAUUUACAUUCCAAGAUUAGAGAAAGUAAUGGUGCUUAUGGUGGUGGUUUGACCUAUGAUGGAUUAGGAGGAACAUUAAAUUUCUAUUCUUAUCGUGAUCCAAAUCCAAUUAAAUCAAUUCAAACAUUCAAAGACACUUUCGAUUAUGGAUUGAAUGCCAAUUGGAAUGAAAAGGAUUUACAAGAAGCCAAAUUGAGAAUAUUCCAAAGUGUUGAUGCACCAAUAAAUAUUGCUUCACAAGGUGCUACUGCAUUCUUUGAAAAUAUUGAUGAUUAUUUAAGACAAGAGAGAAGAGAAAAUUUCUUGAAUACGUCCAUCAAAGAUUUAGAAGCCGUUACGGAAAAAUACCUUGUGGGUAAUAAGAAUAAUUUAUCUACAGUUAUUGGUGAUAAUGAAAUCUUGAAAGUUGGCGAUGACUGGAAAAUUAAAAACAUGCAAGUUUAG